AUGGUUCCUUCUCAGUUCUCAUCGCUGAGAGGUGAUCAAGAUAUCCGUACUACCCCUUCACUUCUCGCUUCAGGUGCAACGAUUCGAAAUCGGCAAUAUAACCCGUUGACAUCUAUGAGAUUCUCAUUUACCGAGAAUAUAGUAGGGGAACCUGCGAAAUCCGCAACCCAGAAAAGAACAAUGGGAUUUGAUGCGAUUUUGAUGGAAAUAUCUCCCCAGAUCAAUAGUGCAUACACCAACACAACCGUCUUCUCCAGAGUGGCCAGCAACUACAAGUUAUAUGGUAACAUUCGAAGGCGCAACCCAAUUUUAUACCAGUUUGUCGAUGUAGCUUUCUUUAAAGCUCUUCAUAGGAGAUAUCUCAAUGGCCCAAUCGUUGUCACGCCUCUUGUGAAGCAAUGGAAUACAGAAAAUGUUGCCAAUGAUCCAAAUAUCGAGAACCCUAAUAGAGAAGAUGGAAUAGCAGGCUCCAGACCAUGUGUUGUGUACAGUAUACAGACAAGCUUACAUUAUGAUGAUUUCAAUAAGCCAAGAGUAGAUUGA